GCGGAGCGCGGCGCCGGCGGGGGCGGCCGGGCGCGGGCGGGCGAUGGAAACGCACAUCUCGUGCCUGUUCCCGGAGCUGCUGGCCAUGAUCUUCGGGUACCUGGAGGUGCGCGACAAGGGCCGCGCGGCGCAGGUGUGCACGGCCUGGCGGGACGCCGCCUACCACCGCUCCGUGUGGCGGGGCGUGGAGGCGAAGCUGCACCUGCGCCGCGCCAACCCCUCGCUCUUCCCCAGCCUGGCGGCGCGGGGCAUCCGGCGGGUGCAGAUCCUGUCGCUGCGGCGCAGCCUGAGCUACGUGAUCCAGGGCAUGGCGGACAUCGAGAGCCUCAACCUCAGCGGCUGCUACAACCUCACCGACAACGGGCUGGGCCACGCCUUCGUGGCGGAGAUCAGCUCCCUGCGCUCGCUCAACCUCAGCCUCUGCAAGCAGAUCACGGACAGCAGCCUGGGCCGCAUCGCCCAGUACCUGAAGGGGCUGGAGGUGCUGGAGCUGGGCGGCUGCAGCAACAUCACCAACACCGGGCUGCUGCUCAUCGCCUGGGGCCUGCAGCGCCUCAAGAGCCUCAACCUGCGCUCCUGCAGGCACCUCUCCGACGUGGGCAUCGGGCACCUGGCGGGCAUGACGCGCAGCGCCGCCGAGGGCUGCCUGGGUCUGGAGCAGCUCACGCUGCAGGACUGCCAGAAGCUCAGCGACCUCUCGCUCAAGCACCUGGCCCGCGGGCUGGGCCGCCUCCGCCAGCUCAACCUCAGCUUCUGCGGGGGCAUCUCGGACGCCGGGCUGCUGCACCUGUCGCACAUGAGCAGCCUGCGCAGCCUCAACCUGCGCUCCUGCGACAACAUCAGCGACACGGGCAUCAUGCACCUGGCCAUGGGCAGCCUGCGGCUCUCCGGCCUCGAUGUCUCCUUCUGCGACAAAGUGGGGGACCAGAGCCUGGCCUACAUCGCGCAGGGACUGGACGGGCUGCGCUCGCUCUCCCUCUGCUCCUGCCACAUCAGUGACGAGGGCAUCAACCGCAUGGUGCGGCAGAUGCACGGGCUGCGCACCCUCAACAUCGGCCAGUGCGUCCGCAUCACCGACAAGGGCCUGGAGCUCAUCGCUGAACACCUCAGCCAGCUGACGGGCAUCGACCUCUACGGCUGCACCCGCAUCACCAAGCGGGGCCUGGAGCGCAUCACCCAGCUGCCCUGCCUCAAGGUGCUCAACCUGGGACUGUGGGAAAUGACUGAGAGCGAGAAGGUCAGGUGAGAGGAGGGGGUGCCCCGAGACCUCCGUCUCCUCCGGAGGAACUCACGGACUGAAGGACUGACUGACUGCUGCAACGGAGGAGUGGAGAGAGGGGCACGCGCACAGCCAUGCUACCCACGCACCCUGGCACUGGAGGGAAGAACAGAGCGAGUAUCCUUGACCCCUGUGUGCUGCCUGCCUGCCCUCGUUCUGGAGGAGAAGGAGGAAAGGGUGGGGUGGGGGGGCAGGAGGAAAGAGAGAAAACACCCACCCUUUUUCCAGGUCAUGCCUCGAGCUCCACACAGGGGAAACAGAGCUCUCCGCAUCCCUACCCCAGCAUCCUCCCCCUUACAGAAGAGGUAGAAGCCCACACUUAUGCACUGGGGCUAGAGACACCCCUCUUUAUCCCCACUCCCCGAUUCCAUCCCCUCCUGCACUAAGGAUGGAUAAAGAUCGAGACCCUUGCUCUGCCAUGUAUUGAGAAUAGAUUAUUUUUGAUUUAUAUAAAAGAGAGUAGGAAUGGAAAUGGGAACAAACAAUUAGAACAGCAGGAAAGGCUUCCUAGCUACACUUAUGUACCUGGCCACCCAGUCAUCCUGCACUGGGCACAGACACAGCUUUUGGUUACAAAAAAAAUAAAAGCCCUGAAAAACAAACCCUAACCAUUCCACCUCUGCGCCUGCCCCUCCCCUGUCAGCUGGGAAUUGUGACAGAAAUACUGCUCCCUAGGUACAUUGAUUUUUUUUUCUUUUUUUUUUUUUUUUAGAAGUCUGUUUUCAAUCUCCAGUUCCGUGUUGCUCUCUGCUGUGGGUAGAUACAUACUCCCACUACUCCAGUUCUCCACUGCACUGAGAAUAGGGACAGCUACAACCUCUCCUUUUGUCAGCACGUUUCCAUGUCAUCCUGCACUAUAGCUAAAGGAAAAGCCCAGGCACUCUGUUCUUUCUCCCCAUCUCCGUAUUGGAGAUGAAGAUACCAUUUCCUCCUACCCUGUUUCUGUAGAGCCUGGACGUGGACCCUGGUCUCUUAGACCUUCCCGUGCACGAGGGGCCACACAGUUACUGAGAGACUCCCCUUCACCAUUCUCUCCUUCUCCCCUCCCUCUUCUUGGCAACAGGGAUAAACAUAUCCAACUAUGUAUCCAUUCCUCUUGGAUGGGGGCUGAGAGGGUACAAGGGUUGGCCAGCUCCCCUCGGCCUGGGGGACUUAAGGAAGAAUCUCCAGCUUCAUUUCUGCUUCAUUUGAGAUACUGUGACCUGUUUUUAUUUUGAAAUGCAUAAAAAAAAUUACUGCUACAAAAACAGCCUCUUACUCUCCCAUCUAUCCCUCGCUUAUGUCCUGUAACUGGUCCCAGUUUUCCUCAUUCAUUCUCUUCUUUACAGUAUUCAUUUUCUUACACGGUUUUAUUUUUAAAGACAUUUGAAGUUGCUGUUCUUGUGGAUUUUUAAGUACAUUUUUUUUCUGCUGAAUAUAUUCUAUAUAUAUAAAUAUAUAUAUGAUGUCUGGCUACCUCGUUUUAAUUUGUUACUUUUUUUUUUUUUUUUUUUUUUUUUUCCUCCUCAAAAGCCCUGGAAUUCUUACAGGAAAGAGAUUUUGAGACUGAAACAUUUUUGUGCCUAGACUGGAAUAAUGCCCCUUCCUUGGGUUUGUUCUUCAUUUUUUCUCCCCUUUCCCCCUCCCUCUUUUUUUUUUUUUUUUCCUUUUAAAAAAUCUUCGUUUGCUUUUGAGCUUACCCCGCUGUGUCCCACCUUCACAUUCUGGUUGUGCCUCUCCCUCCCUCUUCACUGGGGAUUGGGGACCCAAACUGUGCUUCUGCAUUUUGCCUCUUGUAGCACAAACGUGUAAAUGUGAGAAUCCGUGCUGAGGAUCGGGCUAUUGCUACGAUAGAAAUGUGUAAAAUGCAAGUCGGUUUUUUUACAAAAUUAUAUAGAGAUAUAUGCAAAUCCUAUCCCCUCCCCUCUCGAAUCACCUACAAAAGGUCACUGUGCGAGGCUUCCUGUUUGUGGGCGAGGAGCGAGCAGCCUGCAGGCCCCGAGGCUGCAGCGCGAGGGGAGGAGACUGAAGUUCAUCUGUCUUAUCUCUGUUCUGUCAAUAAAAUGGAGCUGGUUCUUUAGAUUUUUUUUUAUUAUUAUUAUUUUAAAGAGGAAGAGUUAAGGAUUUUUUUUUAUUUUUUU